ACACAUAAACUAGCAUAUUACAACAGACUAUGGAAAUACCCUCUCCAAAGGCCCUCCGCAAGUCAAUGAUUGGUCGCAAAGGGUAAAGCAGAAGAACGAAAAGGGCAGUAGAAAAACGUAUAAAUUAGUAAACGAGCAAAGCAUCGAAAUAUCCUCUCCAGUGUCUUCUUUUCUUCUUCUUCUUCAGCUUUAAUUUCUAUCGCCCCGGGCGACCAUAAUAAUAAUCAAGGCUUCAGAAAAAAAACCCUAGAUGGAACUGGAAGAAUCUUCAGCUUCUGUAGAUUCUCACAGCUUCAAUCUGGAUCGGUCUUUUGAAUCUUCUUCUUCUAAUACAAGUAAGCUUAACGCUCAGGCUCCUGCUUUCGUUCCUAGAACAUCGUCAGAGCGCGUGUAUGCCACACGUUCUGCUGCUGCGCUGCAUCUGACCACCACCACUCAUGUCCCUGUACAAAAUCAGUACCUUUACGCUCCUCAAUUGCCAGUACAGUGUCCUCCGUCGCCCUACUAUGGCGGUGUUGCUCGACGAUUUGUUGAUCAAGAGGUUCCUACUGCUGCUGCUGAUGCCGAUAACUCAGCUAAGAUAGGAGGCUUAACUGAAGAAGCUGCUCAAAAGAUCGUUAAUCAGGUGGAGUUCUAUUUCAGCGAUCUAAAUUUGGCAACGACUGAAAAUUUGAUAAGGCAUAUGAUCAAGGAUCCCGAGGGGUAUGUACCAAUAUCAGUGGUUGCAUCAUUCAAGAAGAUUAAAGCUCUAUUAGCUAGUCAUGCCCAGCUUGCUGAAGUUCUGCGCAGCUCAAUAAAUCUUGUAGUUAGCGAAGAUGGAACGAAAGUUAAACGGCAAAAUCCUCUGACUGAAGCUGCCCUAGAAGAGUUGCAAUCUCGCAUAGUAGUUGCUGAGAAUUUGCCUGAGGACCACUGCCACCAGAACCUCAUGAAGAUUUUUUCAGCAGUUGGAAGGGUAAAAAUGAUACGCACCUGCCACCCUCAGCCUUCAAAUGGUGGGGCUUCUUCAGCAUCUAGAUCAGCAAAAUCAGACACCACGUUGUAUAGUAACAAGUUGCACGUAUUUGUGGAGUACGACUCUGUUGAAUUGGCUGAGAAGGCAGUUCUUGAGCUAAAUGACGUGGAUAACUGGCGAAAUGGUCUAAAAGUCCAUCUGCUUCUUAGACCCGCAGCCAAAUCUGGGCAAGCCCGAGGGAAGAAGGCUGGUCAUGAAAGUGAUCGGAACUUCAAAGAAGAUGAUGAUAUUGCAUUAGAACUCACUGAGAAACAUGAUGGAGAUUCCUCCCACCAUGUUGACAUGCAAAACAAUGACGUUGCAGAGGGGCAUGGCCGUGUUGGGAAGAAGAAAGGAAACAAUCGUGGUCGUGGUAAGGUACAGGGACCUGGACAGACGCGGGGUCGGGGACGUGAAACUCCCCAGUUUCGACAAAGCUAUCGUGGAGGGCGUACAGGGGCUUCCGUAACGAAAGUUAAUACUGGAAGUAGUGUAGAUAGUGCCCCCUCUAGUACUAGUGGUGUUAGUGUAGCAGGCCAGCCGUCUGACCAGUUAGCUGGCAAGCAAUCUUCUGUGCCUCGCAUGCCAGAUGGCACUAGGGGAUUCUCCAUGGGUCGAGGAAAACCAGUUGCUGUGAGAAGUGAGUGACGAUGUUCUAGUUUUGUGAAAAGGGUUCUCUAUUCAUGCAAGCAUUUCCCAAGUAUAGAAGGGGCAAUGUUUCUUCUUUCUUUGCAGUAUUGAUGGCAGGGUUUUGAAGACUCUUGUCGAUCCAGUGAAGAUGAUACACCGAUUAAUUUAGCAGCAAGAGUCAGAGUCAAGAAGUUAUCUGUUCUGUUAAACCAAAAAGUCUGCUGUGAUUUUGUUUUGGAACCACUGAACCUGAGAUUAACAUAAAGCAACACAAAAUUGGUAGAAGAUUUCCUUAAUCUGAGCGUCUCUCUACACCGAUGUGGGCUGGAUAAUAUACUGUGUAAACAAAUGAAAGUGUUUUGAUUUAAUUGGUUUUUAUAAUUCUUCAA